AUGUCUUUCCCUACCCCCGCCCGCGCCCGGGGCAUCUCCGGCGCCGCUGCAGCGGGCGAGACGCUUGUCCUACAGCGCCUCCUCCUGGACAAGGCGCCGACAGUCCCGGAGAAGUAUAGGGAGUCGGGGCAGGCUCACUGGGCUGCCCAAGGGGGUGGGCGCCUGGAGCUCCUCGGUGGCAGUGCAGGGGCGCGGGGAGGGGCGACUCUUACCCGGAGGCUGCCGAGCAGGAGGCGGCGGUCGGCCAGGGCGGCUGCAGUAAUCCAUUGGGCGCUGCCGGGCUACGCGCACUCGGGGCGGCAGGGAUCCGCUCGUGUUGGGGAACGAGUCGCGUCGGAACCGCGCGGCUGCAGUCACCCGGAGCAGGCCGGCCGCUCCCGGCGAGCGUUGUCGGCGCCGGCGGGGGCCUCCGAGCCCAGGGCUAUUUCCGGGCUCUCCCGCCCGCUGGGCUCCCCACCGGCUCCGGAGGCGGCAGCGGCGCGGCCCGAGCGAAGCGGCGGUGGGGCCACGUUGGGCGCCGGGCGGGAGCGGAGGCCGCCGCGGACCCCGCAAUCCCGCAGCCGGCGACUGGAUCCCACCUCUGCAGAGACAAAGAUGCCGGAACAUUCAGCAAACACCAGGGAAGCAGAGGACACAAGCUUGGAUGUGAAAUAGCAACACCUUCUGCACUGAAGAAUAAUAAAACAAUGUUUUUAAUUACAAAA